CUAGCCGAGCUGGACCGGCUGCGCGCCCGCUGUCUCCAGCUGGAAAAGACCAUGCAGGCUCGCGAGAGAAGCUGCAAACAACGCAUCGUCGGCCUGGAACAGCAGAUCGGCACGCUGAAGGAGCAGCUGUCGCAGGAGAUGCGCGCGCGCCAGCAGUACAUCCUGCGCAGCACGCGCGCCGGUCAGGAGAUCCGUCAGAUCCGCUCCUCGCUCGACCAGAGUCUGCGCAGCGUCAGCGGCAACGAGCGUCUGGAUGCGGCCGCGCUGGACUCGGAGUCGCGGCGGCUGGACUCGACUCUGGCUGGUCUGCGCGGCGCCGACGGCGUGCUGACGCCGUCCCGUCUCUCGGCUCCGGCCCCGGCUCCGGCCUCCUCCCGCUCGCGCGCCACCAGUCCCAGCAGGUCGCCCCAGCUGCGCGUGCCAGCGCCAUCCUCCGGCCGACGGACGAAACAAUCCUCCGGGGCGCGUCGGAACCUGGACCUCCGCUGAGGCGA